AUGCUUUGCGGCCUGAAAAAGGAUUCGCAGGCGGACCUGGAUGAUGGUCCUUAUUCAAAGGGAAGUAAAGAUUCAGGUGGCGCAGACACAGCCCUGGUCUGCCGAAGGCAAAGUAUUCCAGAGGAGUUCCGAGGAGUCACCAUCGUGGAGCUAAUCAAGAAGGAGGGGAGCACCUUAGGGCUAACUAUCUCUGGUGGUACUGACAAAGAUGGGAAGCCCAGAGUUUCCAACCUGAGGCCUGGUGGACUAGCGGCCAGAAGCGACCAGUUAAAUGUGGGGGAUUACAUCACAUCCGUGAAUGGGAUCCACCUGACAAAGCUGCGCCAUGAUGAAAUCAUCAGUCUGCUGAAGAAUGUCGGGGAGCGGGUGGUGCUGGAGGUGGAGUAUGAGCUCCCCCCUGCUGCCCCCGAGAACAGCUUAGGAAUUAUUCCAAAGACCAUCGAGGUCUCCCUGUAUAAGGAAGGCAACAGUUUUGGCUUUGUACUCAGAGGGGGAGCCCAUGAAGACUGGCACAAAUCCAGACCACUCGUCCUCACCUAUGUGAGGCCAGGGGGCCCAGCUGACAGAGAGGGGUCGCUGAGAAUUGGGGACAGGCUGCUCAGUGUGGAUGGCAUUCCACUUCACAACCUGACCCAUGCAGAUGCUCUCAACAUUCUUCGGCAAUGCAGUCAGGAGGCCCUCUUCCAGAUUGAAUAUGACGUCUCCAUUAUGGAUACCGUAGCCAAUGCCUCAGGUCCUUUAUUAGUGGAAAUAGCCAAGACGCCGGGCUCUACUCUGGGAAUCUCGCUCACCUCUGGCACCCACAGGAACAAACAGGUCAUUGUGAUUGACAAGAUCAAGCCGGCCAGCGUGGUAGACAGGUGUGGGGCCCUGCACAUUGGCGACCAUAUCCUGUCCAUCGACGGCACCAGCACGGAGCACUGCUCCGUGCUGGAGGCAAUGCAGCUGUUAGCCAGCACCACUGAGAAUGUCAAGCUGGAGAUCCUCCCGGCUCACCAGAGCAGGCUGCCCCUGAAGCCUCCUGACACAGUGAAGGUGCAGAAGAGUGACCAUCACCAUUGUUGGGACCCCUGUGUCAACUACUGUCCCAGCCACCACCCCAGCCAUUGCAAGACACCCACCUGGAAUCAGCCCUCCAGCCAGGAUUACUGCAAACCCCUGUCUGCAGCCCCUUUCUCUUCACCGAUGCUGAAUGCUCAUGGCUUCUCUUGCCCAAACUCGAGCACACUACCUCGGAGCACCCAACCCAUGAGUCCCCGGGCAACCAUGAUGAGGAGAAGACAGAGAAAAAAGGAAUACAAAAGUUCACUGUCUCUUGCCUCCAGUACCGUGGGGCCUGGUGGCCAAAUCGUGCACACAGAAACAACAGAAGUGAUCCUUAGAGGUGAUCCCCUGAAUGGCUUUGGACUCCAACUCCAAGGUGGAAUCUUUGCCACAGAAACCCUGUCCUCCCCACCUCUCAUCCGCUUCAUUGAGCCCGACAGCCCUGCUGAGAGAUGUGGCCUGCUGCAGGUUGGAGACAGAGUACUGUCCAUCAACAGCAUUGCCACGGAAGAUGGCACCAUGGAGGAAGCCAACCAGCUCCUGCGGGAUGCAGCACUCUCAAACAAAGUCACCUUAGAAAUUGAGUUUGAUGUAGCAGAAUCAGUAAUCCCAAGUAGUGGCACUUUUCAUGUGAAAUUACCCAAGAAGAGAGGAGUGGAGCUGGGGAUAACCAUAAGUUCUGCAAGCAGGAAGCCUGGAGAGCCUUUGAUUAUCUCUGACAUCAAGAAGGGGAGCGUGGCACACAGGACGGGGACACUGGAGCCAGGGGACAAGCUGCUUGCCAUUGACAACAUUCGACUGGACAACUGUUCCAUGGAGGAUGCUGUGCAGAUUCUGAGGCAGUGUGAGGACCUGGUGAAACUGAAGAUUAGGAAGGAUGAAGAUAACUCAGAUGAACAGGAAACAACUGGUGCCAUCAUUUACACAGUGGAGCUGAAGAGGUACGGGGGCCCACUAGGUAUAACUAUCUCAGGGACCGAGGAGCCUUUCGAUCCAAUUGUCAUCUCAGGAUUGACCAAACGAGGACUGGCAGAGAGGACUGGAGCCAUUCAUGUUGGUGACCGGAUCUUAGCCAUCAAUAACGUGAGCCUUAAGGGCAAGCCCCUCAGUGAAGCCAUCCACCUCCUCCAAAUGGCAGGGGAAACAGUAACCCUAAAGAUCAAAAAGCAAAUGGAACGAGGCUCCUACCCUAAGAAGUCAGGGGGUCUGAAUGAAGCCAGUGACCCGGAGGAAGAUCUCAGUGAGGCGCAGAAGCCUGGCAAGCUGGCCGAGAUCUAUGCCACCACCGUGCCCAGCAUAGACAGCGCCAUGGAGUCAUGGGAUGGCUCUGGGGCAGAGGGCGGCUAUGGGAGCCAAGGCACAUAUGUACCUCCAGCAGCAGGAAUCAGCCUGCACCCCCAGGAGUGGCGGCCCAGUAGGGUGAAGAGCAGCCCCCCUCCUGGGGAGCCGAGAAAGACCAGCUAUCCCUACCCGGACGGGAGCUUCCCUGAGGAUGAAUGGGACAAGCCUACUAGCCCCGGCCCGGAGCCCGCUCAUGAGGAUAAUUUUUGGCGUGUUUUUGGAGAAGCUCUGGAGGACUUGGAAACAUGCGGCCAGUCUGAGCUUCUGAGGGAGAUUGAGGCUUCCAUCAUGACAGGGAAUGUGCACAGCUUGGGCCUAGACAGCAGCCCUGUGACCUUGGACCCAUUGUCAGGGUCAACUGGACGAAGUACCUGGUGGAAAGGAACCUUCCAGCAGGGCACUCGGGAUCCAAGUGAGGGCCACGUGGUCCCCACCAAGGCAGCCGAGGAAGGCUUGAAAAUGCAGGCAGUCAAGGAGGAGAUGCUGGAAAUCAUGUCACCAACUCCUCUCGAAUUAUACAAGUUGACACUUUGGAAGGAUCCAGUGAGUGAAGAUUUUGGCUUCAGCGUCUCUGAUGGCCUGUUGGAGAAGGGUGUCUAUGUCAACAUGAUCCGCCCUGGGGGACCUGCUGAUCACUGUGGCCUCAAACCAUUUGACCGAGUCCUUCAGGUAAAUCACAUCCGAACUCGAGAUUUUGACUGCUGCCUGACUGUGCCCCUCAUUUCUGAGGCUGGAGACAAGCUGGACCUAGUCAUAAGCCGGAACCCCCUGGCAAUUUCCAACAACACUCAGCAGGAGGAGAGCAGAGCCAUCCCCGGCUCCCCCUCGGUGGGCCUGGAGAUGAGGAACAGCACGCGGAUGCUCUGAAGCUUGACCUGGGCCUGGAAGUCUCCCCUCUGGCAGAGGCAAUGGGAACAUCCACCAUGACCGUGCCUCUGCACCCCAGUGUUGGAAUGGGGGCUAGAGAAAGCGGGGGCAAGGUUCUGAAAGAGGUUAGACCACCCAGAAUGGCUCCUUCUGGCCCCUCAGCCUCCCCUGGGCUCCCUGGGCUGCUGAGAAGUAGCUGAGGGCAGGACCCAAGUUCUCCAUCCCUCUCUCCUGCCUGCGCCCAGGCUGCCCUCCGGCUGGAAUUGAGUUGAGGCUGUCCUUUUCCCCCUCUGCUCCCAUCUCAGAGGGUCUGCACACCCUCCAAAUGUGCAUUUGCACUCAUACACACCCACAUACACACACGGUGCUAUAUUCCUUGGACAGCAUUUGUGUGAAGACCUCACCCAUCAUAACUAGUCAUUUCCAAGGUAGCCAUCAUAUCAUCCUCCUCACAUCAGCAGCCACUUGGGCACAUUCAUGAAAAGUGACCCGACCUGAACCCCCAUUCCCAUGUUCUCUAUCCCUGGCAGCGAAGGCUGCUCUCUCUUCUCAGAGGAAUGGUGGUGGGGUCUUCGGGUCACAGCCAUAAAUCAUCGAAGCUUAAGGGGACCUUCGUACGUAGAAUGUCAAAGCUGGGAAGCCCCUCAGGUGGUAAAAUGUCAGAGUUGGUAGUGGCCUUGGACUAUAGCAUUGGAAGGGACCUGAGAGCUCGUCUAAUACAAUUCUGUUUAUUUUCUAGGGGAGAAAAGGACUUACACAGGAGGGAAAUUAUUUGCCCAAGAAUACACAGAUCGUGUUAGUUUAGAUACCAGCUCUCAAGCCCAGAUUCUUUUCACUCUCGAGGAGGUCUGCCAUCCAGUGUUGCCCAAGUUCUGGCCAGAGUUCUGGGUGCCAAUUCGUGCACUUUUGUUCCUUUUUUUAAAGUAGAAUUGAGUAAGAUGCAAGAGGAGAAAGUAAAGAAAGCCUUCAGAUCGGGCUCAUCUCCCUCUGGGAUUGUAUCUGUAUUUAUGGAUAUUUACACUCCAAAUGCUUUAGAGGAUCUGGUCUGAAAUGUUAUGGGAUAUCUUUUCAUUCUAAGAUAAGAUGGAAAAAACCAUGUGAUAGCCAAUGGGUUUAGAGGCUCUUGUCUCUCUUGAUGAAAGGAUUCAUGGCAGCGUCUAGGCCCAAAACAAGGUGCGUAGACAGACCCUUGAUAAAUGAAUCUGGCCUUAAAGACACCAGAAUGAAGGGCAGGGGAGGAGCAGAAGUCCCUGGCCCCCAUUCAUCAAUCCCAGAUGAAGGCCAUUCCACAAAAGGAUCAUUUGAUGGGCUUUGGAAUGUGUUGCCUAGAAGAAAAUGUUGGGAGUGAGGAUGGAGUGGAAAUAAUGAUCAUAUUUAAGUAUUUGAAGGGCUAGCAAAUGAACGAGACAACAGACUUCUGCUUGGCCAGAGUUCAUUUCAAUGAAAGGUUCUAAAACCUUCUAAAAAUACUUAGAGGUGUCCAAAACAGGCUUCCUCAGGUCUGGGGCUCCCCCUUAGUGAAGGCUGAAUAAGAUAGGAAGAUUAGAGAGAAGCUUUCCAUGGAGAAAAAAAUUGGGCUAGAUGAUCUUUGAGGAUGUUUCUAACUCUGAGAUUCUGUGUUUCGGAAUGAAAGGAAAAGAGUAAAGGAAAGAAAUAGAAUUCUUGGAGCUUUUAAAAUGUGAGCCCUCAACCUCAUUUUCUUAUUGCCUUCCAAAUUUAAUGAGAUGAUGUCAAGGCUUUGAAAUAAUCAUUUUCCUAAUUCAGUUGCCCACUUUGAUUAUUUGCUUAAGAUUUUAGGGAAGCUGACAUCUCUUUUGAGGGCAAACUGAGGACCCACUAAUUAAAAAAAAAACAUGAUAUUGGUGCUCCCAGAUUUCAGAGUAGAGAAGUUGACACAUUGAAUGAGGAAACUUUCCAACAUGGUGGAAGGUGUAGAAAUCACAUUGCAAGACCAAUUAAAGGAACUUGAGGACAAGAGAAGACUUGGGGAAUAAGGGAGAGAAUUAAGGAAAGGUUACAUAAUAGCUGUGCUUAAAAUAACUGAAGUGCCAUUUUAUGAAAAAGAGAUUUAAUUUAGACUGUUUAGCCCCAGUAGAUAUACCUAGGACCAUCAGUUCAAGGCAAGAAAAAACUCCCUAAUAAUCAGAUCUGUUCAAGAAAGGAAGAACCUUGAUUCAACUCAACAAGCAUUUUACUUGUAUCUUAAGGAAAUAAACUCUCCCUUAAGAGUAUUCAAACAGAUUCUGGAUGACUAUCUAUCAAAGAUGUAGUAGAAAUAGGGAGAAAAUCUCCUGGUGAGGAUUUUAAACUAGUUUAAACAAGUUAAAAGUAGGUGACUUCUGUGGCCUCUUCCAUUGGGCUUUAAAAAAUCUAAGGCUUAUUUUAUGUUUCUCUAGUUGGAAUUCAAUGAAAAGCAUGAGGUCGGGGAUCUAAGUCCCCUUGGACAGGAGACCUUUAAUGUCAGAUAGUCACCCAUGGUGGCUUUUGGCCGUCAGAGUUCCAUUGCCACCUUUGGGAACUUAUGGAAUAGGUGAGAUCUCAGUGACAUUAGUGGGGAUAAAAUAAGAGUCUUCAGUAUUGGAACUUGGGCCCACACUCACUCUCUAUCAUCUACUAAUUACUAGUCUCUAGGAAAAUAAAGACAAAAAAAUGAAACAGUCCCUGCCCUUUAGGAACUUAUAAUCUACUUACUUCCCUAAAAGGUGACACUGCCUCUGAGCUCAUUAUGCUGUGAUUAAUCAUAAUUAAUUCAAAAAGGACUUCUUCCUCUGAUUAGUUUGAGAUAAGUUUGGAGAAGCGUUUUUUUUCUUUCUUAUUUUAGGGUCACUGGAGGAGUAGGAGUUGGGCAGGGAGUCAGUCAAGUGCCAUAUAAUAAAGAGAAAAAUUAUUUUUGAGAGAGAUAAAUGUUCUAUGUUCCACAUUGUAAAUGAAGGGUUUUUGUCUUCAUUUAGGCCAUAAACUCUAAUUAAUAAACAUUUUAAAAUUUACCUCAGUCUUACAUUAUGACCAAUAAAGGAAGGAGGAAAGGGAGGGGGAACAGAGAAAAAAAGAAGAUGGAAUGUGAGAAGACAAAAGGCAAAUAGGUGAAAAGAGCUUGAUAUUUACAAUGGACCUGAGACCCCCAAAUCAAACUCAUCUACUUAUAGUAGUAGGGUGUUUUUUGAGGGGAGCAAAUAUCUAUCCUAUCUCUCUAGAUUGGAGACUUCCCACCUUUGCUAUAAAUGAACAAGUCUCCAGAAGAGAGAGAGAGACCUCCCACCUGUUUUUCCUAUCUCCUUGACUUUAUUAUUCAAAUUCCCCAAGUGGUGUUUGUCCCUUCCCUCUCUUUCUUCCCUCUGUGUUCCAUCCCUUCUUCCACCUACCUUCCCUCUUGUCUUCCAUCCCUUACUUCAUCCCUCUUUUUCUGCUUCUCUAAUUUUUUUUCCUUUCCUCCUUCCUGUCUUUCUAUCCUCCUUCCUUCCUCUCCUCCUGUCUUUUCUCUUGUCCCUUUUCUUCCUUCCUUUCUUUCUAACCCUCCUCUUCCUCUGAGACUCUUGCCUUCUCUUCCUUCCUCAAGAAGCACUGAGUGCCUAAGAUGUACCCAACCUGGGGCUAGCCACUGUGGGAAGAACAAUAGAAGGAGAAGUUUUGGUCUUGCUGCCAAACAACUCAUUCCCAAGAGACAAAACCCAAUAUAUCAGAUUUCUAUUUUCCUCCUCUUCUUCCUUCUCCUCCUUCAUGCUUCCUCCAACCCCCUUUCCUUUCUCACUUUCUGGGUUGUUUCUUCCUAGACUUCACCUCCUGUCUCCAUUCCCUCCAUCUCUUUCCUCUUACAAGCUGCACUCACUGAAGACUGGACAUGCGGGGUGGAAAGGGGACUGAGCUGCUCUGUCUGACUUUGCUUGUCAUUGGUGCCACUGGGUGGUCUUAGAAGGGGACCGCCCAAACACAGACCUCACCAGCCGGGGCCAGAGGUGGGUCUCAUGGAGUUCUUUCCACACAGAUCCUCCCGGAUCUCUGCCAGACUUGGGAUCCUUACGGGUACUGGACCUUUCCUUCUGCCCUUGGCUGGCUGAAACCACCCCGAAUCCUGGGUGACUGACUGCCCCAUUGACUGUAAGCAGGAUGCCUUCUGAUCCUUUCCCCCAAACUCCCAGGAGCCUCUGGUCUCCCUCCUCAUAGCCAUCAUGACCCUCUCAUUGAAGUUCUGGAUGUUGACAUGACCAUCUCUUCUUUUGUUUCUGUGAUUUGCCUACACCAAGAACUAUCAGCAGCUAAAGCCAGGAAGCCUCCCCCCCCAAUAACGCCAGUUGCACAAUUGUCCCUGGGGUUCCCCAAAUUUGCCAAACAAAUGGCUGUCACCCUCAUUACCUAGUCUAAUUUGAGUUGCACUUUAUUUUGGUUGAGGCUGGAGGUUUGGCGAUUGCUUUGUUUAUUUGGGUUCCUUUGUAACUUUCCAUUGGGGCUCAUCUCAGAAGGGGAAGAGAUUAUCUAACAUUCUCCCCAGUAGGUUUUUCCUUUUCUUUACCCUUCUGGUACCUCAGAUGCCUGUGUGCUGGUACUGGCUCCAAACGUCUCCAACUUUCAGCUUUCAGGAACUGAAGUCGAGACCCAAGGGAGCCUUGGACUGGGGAAUCAGGAGACCAAAGCUCCAGUUCUGAAUCUGCCACAGACUUGCUGUGUGACCGCACGCAAGCUUCCCUUCUGUGGGUCCCAACUUCUACAUCUGUAAAAUGACAGGGUUGGACUAAGUGAUGUUUAAGGUCCUUCCCAGAUCCAGUAUCUUAUAUGAAGCUAGAACUUCAGCCUGGAACAACUGGGGGGCUCCCCCAUCCCUUUUGCUGCUUCCUCAAAGUGAAGGAGGAAUUGGAAGUGGACCCAUCCUUAGGCAUGGGAGAAGGGAGGGGGGUCAUCUACCAUCCCAUCCAGCUAAUUGUAGCUGCCGCCAUUUUUCUCCGAUGUAUGCAAUCCAUCAUCCCCAGCCAGCUGCCCUUUGGUUUGCCUGGAAUGUCCGGGCAGCCCUGACCCCACUGGGCCAGAGGCUUUUUAUAUGCAAUACUCAUGGCAGUAGACAGUUCACUGUGGCUUCUGGUUGGGGUUUUAAGUGAAGACUUUUAAUGAAAGGCUUUAAAAACAAACAAACAAAAACCAGUCCUCCUUCUCCCUUCCUAUGCAUUUUGAAUAAGGUCCCAAUGAAAUGCAGUUACUCAAAUGUGUAUUUUUAUCCAUAGAAGAGUAGAGUGUAUUCCUUGUAAAGUAUUUUUCUAUGUUGGGUUUUCUUACAGCGCUCCGAAAGCACAAACUUUAAAGGGACAGGGGUACCAAGGCAAUUUUAGCUCUGUUUUGAACCAGUUUGUAAAUCUCUGAAAUGAAAGGGGACUGCCAUGACUUUGGAGUUUGGGGCGGGGGGGGGGGGGGGUAGGGGAGGAAAUAUCAGUUUGUUUGGGUUUUUUAAAAAAAUAAAAUAAAAUCAUGAAUGUGGAA